AUGAGUGGUUUUCGCAAUGUUAUGAAGGAUGGUUGGCAUCCCAAGGGCAAGGAAGGGGGAAAGGAGAGCUGGCGGGGAGAUUUCAAAGGAAUCAACCAAGUGGCUGGCUGGAUGGGGAAGGGCAGGGAUGCCGACUCUGCGGAUAAAUCCGAACAUGUCUCACAGCCCAUGUCAUCAUUGAAAGAUCCGUCAUCUUUUGGACCUCCCCCCAAGCACAUCAAUUACCAUGGUGCAGCCGCGGUACCCAAUCAGACUACCCCCGAUCGCCGGGGAUUAGGAGCGCCAUUGUCCCAAGAUCAGAUCAACGAUCAAAACACACACUACCAGCAAGAGGCCGCCGAAGAAGAAGAGCCUCAGAAGCCCGCUCCGCCUCCUGUUCCUUAUCGCGCGAAUACAACUGGUCUGUCCACAGAUCAUCUUCCUCCGCCACCGCGCCGCACAGAUUCAGCAAGUCCCGCUUCAACGAACUCAUUCUCGAAACCCAAGCCGCCCAAACCUCCACCCCGGCUCCCUGCUCGAAAUGGCUCUCCCAGCAACGAUCCACCCCCUGUGUAUUCCGCCGAACCGGUGGUUUCCCACGACUAUAUCAACCAAGAUGCUUCCUCUCGCCUGGCCAAUGCCGGUGUUUCGGUCCCCGGGUUUGGAAUCGGAGAGCAAGGUCAACAGUCGCCAGCACAUGCGCCUGUCAAUGAGCUCCAGUCCCGCUUCUCGCAGAUGAACACUGGGUCAGGCUCUCCGGCACCGCCUCCACCUGCACGAACUCCGACAACCGAGUCACAGCCAGGGAGCAGCGGAUCUUCUAUACAGAACUUCCGGGAGCGACACGGCGAUAAAAUUGAUGCCGGUAAACAAAAGUACGGUGACUUCCGCGAGCGCCAUGCGGACUCGAUCGAUUCGGGCAAACAGAAGUAUGGUGACUUCCGUGAACGCCACGCUGAUACUAUCGACUCUGGGAAGCAGAAGGUAGGCGAUUUCCGUGAACGCCAUGCAGACUCCAUCGACGCUGGCAAGAACAAGCUCAGCGGCUACAAAUCCCGCCUGACUGGCGCCCCCGCACCGCCGCCGCCAGCUCGGGCCUCGACGACCCCAGACGAGACCACGCGCAGCACCUCUUCUGUUCAAGAUUUCCGCGACCGUCAUUCUGAUAAGAUCGAUUCUGGUAAACAGAAGUAUGGCGACUUCCGUGAACGCCACGCCGAUACCAUCGACUCUGGCAAGCAAAAGUACGGAGAUUUCCGUGAACGCCAUGCAGACUCCAUCGAUGCUGGAAAGCACAAGCUCAGUGGCUACAAAUCUCGCCUGACUGGCUCCCCCGCACCGCCCCCACCGGCCCGGCCCGAGUCAAGUACAUCCAGUAUGAACUUGGAGCCCGCAGAGCCUGCUCGCGGCUCCUCCUCUGUCCAGGACUUCCGCGAGCGCCACGCGGACAAGAUCGACAUGGGCAAAGAGAAAUGGGGCGGAGUCACCUCGCGCUUCAACACAUUCGUAGACGAUCGCAAGUUCUCCAACGAUGCCAAUAAGCGCAUUCCCCGCCCGCCUGCUCGUCCCAGCUCCGGUGCCGCUGCGCAGAGCUCGGGCGAUGAUCUCCAAAGCCAAGCACAGCGGAAGAAAGCGCCCCCGCCCCCGCCCAAGCGCGCGGAGAUUCGCGCGCCCACGGUGGACGCAUCAUCUCCCGCGCCUCCCCCGAUCCCUCACGGUACCAAGCCCCGCUGA